AUGAGCGUCCAAACCGACUCGACGCCGGCUGUCGUCACGUACCUCCGCUCCCUCAAGGCUGUGCGCGAGCGCUCCAAGCAGGUCUUUGACCUCGUCGUUUCUGGUAACGCCGACUACUGGGACUGGCACGAGGACAAGUUCGCUACCGUGAUUGACGCUUGCUCGGCUAUCCUCGAGCAGCGCGACUUUGGAACCAACUAUGACAAGAUUCCUCCUCACUGCCGUGCCAACCACUUCCGCACCACCACCCCGACACCGAUCGAUCGUAUCGCGGCGCUCGAGGCCCACCCUUCCUUCCCGAAGGACCCUGUCAAGCAGGCCGCGGUCCUGAUUGACCUGUAUGUGGUGUCGGUCCUCCUCGAUGCCGGUGCCGGCAACACCUGGAGCUACACCGAGACCGAGGGCGGAAAGGAGGUGUGGCGUGGUGGUCGCUCCGAGGGUAUUGCCAUUGCCAGCUACCACAUGUUUGUCGACGGCGUCUUCUCGGCCACCAAGGGCGACCCCCUGCGCGUUGAUGCCGCCGCCCUCAAGGCUCUCACGCCCGAGAUUCUGGCCAAGCACUUCCAGGUCACAGAGACCAACCCCAUGUCUGGCCUCGAGGGGCGUACCUCGCUCCUUUCCCAGCUGGGAGGUGCUCUCGAGGCUCGUCCCGACAUUGUCAAGUCUGGCCGCCCUGGUGACAUUCUCUUCUACUUCGAGCCCAAGCUCCAGACGGGUACUGGCGGCAAGCCCGUCCUCUCGCUCGAGGCGUUUUGGGCCACGCUCUUUGACCUGCUCUCCCCCAUCUGGCCCUCGCGCACCACUCUCCCCACUCACCCCGACUAUGUUCUCGGCGACGUCUGGGUCGCUCCCUCGCUUGCCCGCUCGCUGGACAAGCGCGGCGCAGCCCGCACCGAGGGCGACGACCUCGUCCCCUUCCACAAGCUCACCCAGUGGCUGUGCUACUCGCUCAUCGAGCCCAUCGAGGGUGUGGCCAAGUGGUCCGUCGACCGUGGCGCCGGCCAGACUGGUCUCCCAGAGUACCGCAACGGGGGCCUUCUCGUCGACCACGGCCUCAUCACCAUCCGCUCAGACGCGCUCCCCGUCGGCGCCUACCCCAAUGGCCGCGAGGGUCUGCCCGUGCUUCCUCCCAGCCACCCCGCUGUCGUCGAGUGGCGUGCGGUCACGGUCGUCGCUCUUGACAAGAUCCACGAGGGUAUCUGCGCCAAGCUCGGUAUUACCUCGAGCCAGCUCUCGCUCGCCCAGGUUCUCGAGGCGAGCACCUGGAAGGGUGGCCGCGAGAUUGCUGCCCAGAAGCGCUCCAACGGCGGUCCCCCAAUCGAGAUCAUCAGCGACGGCACUGUCUUUUAG